AUGGGGUUUUCAAAGAUUGCAGAAAGGAAGUUAACAGCGGUACCAACGGAUUUGUGGGUUACAGAGAGCAAAGUGUAUGUGAGUGUAAAAAAAAACCAUCUGGUUGUGACUGCGCAUGACAUGUCAAAAGCCAGGCAUGUCCGUUUGAAAGAGAAUGCAAGGGCGAUUGCUGGAUGCGAAGACGACUUGUUUAUUUUUUCAGAGAAAGGGAGUGUUUCGUCCUUAAGUGUUGCCAUGGAAAAUGCCAGGGAGGAAGCAAAGAACGGAAAAAUGGCUGUAAAUACAGCAGUGUAUGAUAAGCGUACGAAGAGCAUAAUAGCUGGAACUAAUAAAGGCAAGGUUCUGGUGAUGAAGGAAGGGCUUGAAAUAUCGAAGAGAAUGUACGAGUCACAGUCUGGAGUUGUGUGUGUGUCUGUAUCAAGUAUGGGAAGGAUUGCAUGUGCAUACGAAGUGGACUCUACUGUUCGAGUGUUUGAUAUGAAGAGCUCUGAUGUGAGAAACAUCCGGAUUUCGAAUGGAUUUCCGCAAGCAGUCUGCUUUGAAGGGCAGUACCUGGCAAUUGGGUCUGAUCAAGGAGUGGUGUAUUUAGUAGAUGAAGCCGAUCUGAAUAUUGUCGGGAGCUUAAGUAUUCCAUGUGCUGUAGCAUCGUUAUUUUUUAAGGACGGACGUUUGCUCGUUGGAACAGAAGGAUUUCUGUAUCUACUGAGUGUAAAGCAGGGAUCUAUGGAGAUCGUCGAUAGCUAUUGCUGUAAUGGAGUGGUGAGCAUGAUUAGCUCGAGCAAUGACUGCAUAGUGAUAAUAAUAGGAAAAGAGCGAAGACUUGGGCGAUGGAUAAUAAACAAAGAUUGGGAAAAUAAGGUGGAGGUAUUAAAAGUGAAUUGA